ACAUGAAUAACAAAUUGGCAGACAUUUCUUGAUUGAAGCAUUGUUUAAAAAUUUUCCACGAGAAAAACAAAAAGGUAAUUAUGAUCUCCGACGAAACAUCGAAUUUAUCAUCAAUCCAACCUGAAGAAUCGGAAAAUUCAGUGGAUAAAAUUGAUGAUGAAGCAAUGAAUUUGAUUUCGAAUAUCGAAGAUGAAAAUGAAAUCAAAAAAGAUCACGAUGACAAUCAAAUUGUUGAUGAGAAUUCUUCGCUCGUUGAUGUACAAGGUAAUGAUUCAACAUCAUGUUCAUCCAAUGUAAAUCCAAAACCAGAAACAAAUGAUUUGAUUAGUAAGAAAGAAUUGGAAUCUAUUCGAAUUAGCUAUGAAGAUAAACUUAAACAACAACAAUUAGAAUCAACACGUAAAGAAAAUAUGUUGAUCAUGAGAUUGACAAUUAAAGAACAAGAACUUCAAGAAUGUCUGGGCCAGAUUGAAUCAUUGAAAAAAUUAGAUCGUCCAUCAAUCAGUCAUAUGGAAUCAUUAUAUUUGGAUCCUGCAUUGAAUUAUAUAUUCGAAAAAAUGAAAAAAGAAGUCGAUAUGUCAAAAUCCAGAGUCGAAGAAAUGCAAAACGAAAUGAAAGCAUGGAAAUUCAAUUCGGACAGUAUAUCUGGCAAACAAUUAAUGGCUAAAUGUAAACAACUUCAUCAAGAAAAUGAAGAAUUAGGUAAAAUGAUUUCAUCUGGUAAGAUAGCCAAACUAGAAAGUGGAUUAGCAAUGGAAAAAAAUUAUGCCGAAUCAUUAAUCAAAAGUCAUGCAGAUAUGGAAGAAGUACUAUAUGAACUUGAAGAAAAUGUUGAAGGACUUCAAAAUACUGUAUAUUAUAUGCAACAAAAUCUUAAACAAAUGAAAGAUCGAAAUGAACAAUUGGAAAAAAUUAUUGAAAAUUGUGGUGGUCAAUGUAAAAAUGAACUCGAUUCGAUAGCCAAUAAUAAUGAUGGGGAUGAAAAAAAUGAUAACCAUCAACAACAACAAAUGGUUACCGAUUGAUUUGAAUUGUGUGUAAAUAAAUUUUUUCUUUUCAAA